GCCUGUCUUGCCAUCGUCUUGGAAACUUCCUCGGUAUCGGCGUCAGGCACAACUGUCCACACUGAACUGCGGCCCAGCUGGAAGCGAGACUUCCCGCGAGCGAUCGGAGAGAGCGGCGGCAAGUUGUUCUAUUCACUUGACCAACCAUCAUCUCUCUGCAGACUUACGUCCAGCCAAAUCCCAGUCCACCUCCGCUUUGAAUCGCAUACAUUCCGCUCCAUUCAUCAUGCCACAUGCAACGAUCCGCUCGCUGAAGCUGUUCAAGAAGAAAGCAGUGGAUGCCGUCGAGGAUGUUGGCGAGACCAUUGCGGACGUUCCUGAAAAGGGUCCGACGACCGAGCAGGCCAUUCAAUCGGAGCCUGCUGCGCCUGCAGCUGGAGGUGCGGUCGCAGCAAGCUUGGCAGGUUUACCAGAUCCCGGAGCUGCGGAUGCUAAGCAAGCCCACUCUCACAAGCACGAUCUCGCGAAUCACGAGGGGGCUAGUAUCUCGCAGCAACCGACGCGUACUGCGCGGGACAGGGAUGCCACACUGAUCUCAGAACAAGCGGGCCCCAGCUCAAACAAGGACGAUUCCAAGCAUGAAUCAGAUGGCGUAGCGCUGGCAGACGCGAGUGGCGACAAGCCGCACAGCGUGAAUCACAGCGCGAGCCCGCCUGCAGAAGCGGCAGAGACGGAAAGUGUCGAACGUGUGGAAUUCUUCACCAAGUCUGGCGCACACUGGUGGCUCAGCAAUUCGAGUCCGCACCCGGUGGUCAGGGACGGGGUCACUUACAAGACGGCUGAGCACUUGUUCCAAUCACUCAAGUUCCUGCCUCAUCGACCGGAUAUCGCGACAAAAGUGCGCAAAGCUGGCUCUCCCUCGGACGCCAUGCUGAUUGCUCGAGCAAAUGUAGCGGAUGCUCGCAAGGGCUGGAUCAGACAGGGCAUCAAUGUCGCCGUGAUGCGAGAAACGCUGCUGCUCAAAUUUACACAGCAUUCGAGCCUGCGUGAGCUGCUUGUGCAGACAGGGGAGGCAGAGCUGGUGGAAGCGAACCCUAGCGACGCCUUUUGGGGCUCCGGAGCACCCGAAGGCUCCACAGCCCAAGGGCUUGGACGCAACCAGCUUGGAAAAUCUCUGAUGCGCACUCGUGAGACGUUGUUGUCUGUGGCGGGCAUCGGCAUUGGUAGCGGCGCUCUCACCGUCUAGAUCGCACGCCAGCUCGCAAAUGCGAGGGGCGAGUCGGGCCGUCGAUCCUUGUCAAUCUGUAGAGUAGGACUUGAUAAUUGCAUGCAUGAAGAGAAACGGAUUGUUGUCAUCGUGUGGAUGUGUGGUGACCGGAGCCAGCCUGGCUGAUGUGGCUCUGCACCUCGCG